AUGGACAAUGCAAUGACAGUGGACAGAGGCAGAUCAUUUGAUGUAAACAGACGAGCAGUAUAUCAUUCCUUGGAAACAGGUGGAGGAUAUGAAUCGCUGUCCUCUUUUUGUGCAAUAAUGAAUAUUCCUUCUUUGUCAAAGCAGGCGUGUUCUGCACAAGUUGAAAUCAUUCUUGCAGGACAAGAAAUUGAAGCUCACACUGAGUUGUCGAAAGCAGCAGAACAAUUGCACAAUCUCGUGAAAGUCAAAAACAAUCUCAAUACUGAUGUGGAUGAGGAGAAUGGAGACGAGAGGAAGCACUUGCAGAGAGGCAAAAAGGGUGACUUAUGA